GUCACCGGCGCUGGGGGACUCCGGGUUCCCCCCGCUGCUGGGGGUGCCAGGACGUGUCCCCGGUGCCCUCCAGGAAUGCCAAUGCGGGGGGUGCCGGGAUGUGUCCCCUGGUGUCCCCCCAGGGACAGUGGCGCCAGGAUGUGCCCUCUGUGUCUCCUGCCCCAGGGAUGCUGGGGCCAGGAUGUGUCCCCCGGGGUCCCUCCCCGAGGAUGGCGAUGCUGGGAGCUACCGGGGGUGUCCCCCCCCAUUCUGGGGGUGCCGAAAUGUGCCCCGGUGCCCCCUCAGAGGAUACCCAUGCCGGGGUGUCGGGGUGUGUCCCCCGCUGCUGGGGGGUGUCGGGGUGUGUCCCCCGGUGUCCCCUCCGGGGAUGCCGAGGCCGGGGGUCCCGGGGUGUGUCCUCCCCGAUGUCGGGGGUCCCGGGGUGCGCCCCCCGGCGCUGCCCGCGGGGUGCCGGGGGGGUGCCGUGCCCGUGCCCGGAGCCGCCGCCGCGUCCGCGGUCCCGCCCCCGCCGCCCGGCCCGGCCCCCCGGCUCGGCGCGGCUCCGCUCGGCUCGGCGCGGCUCGCUCGGAGCGGGGCGGGCGGAGCCGCUGCCGGUGCCGGCCCCGUGGCGGAGCCGGGGUCCCUCCAUGCCGCCAUGGCCCCCCGCGCCCCCCGCGCCCCCCGCGCCCUGGCCCUGCUGCUGGCGAUCGGCGCCCUCGCAUCCGCGUGGCCCCCCCAAAACUCCAGCGCUGGCGAGGGGAGAGCCUGGCAGGGCUCGUUGGAGAGCAGCCCCCCGAAAUGGGACCUGGCGAGUGGAGACCCCCCGGGGGGACCCAGCAACACCACGAGCGCCGGGGGGGCGGCGGCAGGGCCGCAGCUAGAGCCCCCCGGGGGCGGCACGGCCACCACGGAGCCGUCGGCCGUGCCCGAGGGGUGCCCGGGGUGCGCCGGGGAGGGCGAGGCCAGCGCCGUGCCCCCCCGAGCCGUGACCUGGCCCGGGGACGGGGGCACGGUGCCGGUGGCCCUGGGCAGCCCCGAGGAGCCGGGCAGCGGUGACCGGCCCACGCCGGCGUCCCCGGCCGGCCCGGGGGGCUUCGGGGGGCUCCCGGCCGCCCUGCCGAGCCCCCCCGGCCCCCAGCUCGCCACCGACUCCGCCGAAUCCGACGUGCUGCUGGCGGCCGGGGGCUCGGCAGCCCCGCGGAGCCCCGCGCUGGGCGAGCCCAGCCCCGCGCCCGCCGCCGGGGGGGACUCGGGGGCUGCCCCGGAGCUCUGGGCCGCCGCCUCCAGCCCGGCCCCGGCGCAGGGGGCCCGCGGCUGGACCGACCUGACGUGGCUGCAGGAGCCCGUCACCGCCGCCACGGGCCCGGCCGAGCCCGCGGCCGACAGGACGGGCUCGGAGAUCAUCGACGUCGACUACUACGACCUGUUCGAGGGGGGCGAGGGACUGGGGGGCUUCCCCGGGGGCGGCCGGGGCGCGGCCGGCUCGGCGCGGCGGCGGGAGCCCGAGGGGGCGGCCACGCCCUGGGCCCUCCACGAGCUCUACGACGACUUCACGCCCUUCGACGACGCCGAUUUCUACCCCACCACCUCCUUCUACGCCGACGGGGACGACGAGGACGAGCUGGAGGACGAGGAGGAAGAGGAGGAGGAGGAAGACGGGGGGCUGGAGGACGAGAACGGCUACCGGCCGCCCGCCUCGGCCGUGCCCGGCGCCGCGCCCGCCCCGCAGGACCCCCGGCCCACCGGGCACCGCGCCGCGGCCCCGCCGCCGCCAGGGCUGCCCGGGGCCGGCCCCACGGCCUGGCCGCGGCCGGGGGAGCGGGGCCCGCCCGAGAACGGCUCCGAGUGCCGGAGCGGGUACGUGCGGCACAACAGCUCCUGCCGCUCCCUCUGCGACCUCGUCCCCAGCUACUGCCACAACGGCGGCCAGUGCUACCUGGUGGAGAGCCACGGCGCCUUCUGCCGGUGCAACACGCAGGACUACACGUGGCACAAGGGCACACGCUGCGAGUCCAUCGUCACCGACUUCCAGGUGAUGUGCGUGGCCGUGGGCUCGGCCGCGCUGGUGGUGCUGCUGCUCUUCAUGCUCACCGUGUUCUUCGCCAAGAAGCUCUACCUGCUCAAGACGGAGAACAGCAAACUGCGCAAGACCAAAUACCGCACCCCGUCCGAGCUGCACAACGACAACUUCUCCCUCUCCACCAUCGCCGAGGGCUCCCACCCGAACGACGACCCCAGCGCUCCCCACAAGCUGCAGGACUCGCUGAAAUCCUGCCUGAAGGACGAGGAGCCGUUCAACAUCCACAACUCGACGUCGCCCAAGCACGACGGCGGCAAAGGGGAGCAGGACGCGGGGGAGCUGAACUGCCUCCAGAACAACCUGACGUGAGCGGCGGGCCCGGGCCAGCCCGCCCGCAGCCGCCGCCCCCGCCGCCUCCCUCCCCGCUCCGUGGCAUGCUUUGGUGUGUUUUGUACAGAGGAAAACAAAAGUUCCAGUAAUAAUUGGGCCGUGUCGUGUGGGGGUGUUUGGUUCGUGCUCCGUGUUUCUCGCUUGGGUUCGUUCCGCGCUGUGAUUUCUAAACCUUUGCCGUCCCGCAACUGACUUUUUUUGUACU